UAAAAGAACCAAAGCACUUGACACACAUUAGCAUAAAGCGCCGUUUCUGUUCUCAUCCCCAACCAUGUUCUUUCCUUGGAGCAAAAUGGCUAACAAAUUCCCCAUCUGUUCUGUCUGCACUUCUUGGGUGCAGGAGCCAAAACCUGAGGAUCAUCUUGGGUUGCCAUUGGAACCAUCCAAACCUGAACAUGAUUAUGGUAUGUACAAGAAGCUGUUGCACCAGUAUGCCCAAAAAUCUGGAUUACCACUUCCAGUUUAUAAAAUUGAGAAUGAAGGGUUCCCACAUGCGCCUAAGUUCAGAUCAUCUGUCUUCAUAGAUGAAACCAAGUUCACAUCUAAGUUUACCUUUCCAGAUCGAAGAGCAGCUGAGCAAGAUGUCGCAAAGCUUGCAUAUGAAACCAUAGUUAAAGACAAUAAAACCCUAACAGGAGGCCCUCAUAUUUAUCAGAACCUAAGGUUUUGCAAGUUAAUACUGUCUGAAUAUGCAACCAAGACUGGCCUUGGAGUUCCCGAAUACAACACCACCUUAGCAGAAGGGACACCACACCCAGUAUUCGUCUCUUCUUUUGUUCUUGGUGGCAAAAGUUAUACUGGUCAAGUAGGUCGAAGCAGGAAAGAGGCGGAACAGCUGGUGGCACAACUGGCCAUCCAAUCGCUCCUUGGAUCGGAUUCGGGGAAGCUCACUGAAAUUAUCAAGAGCAAAGAGAGACUUUUCGCUACUGUAGAUGCUAAAAAGAACUCUGGAACUCUGGAAAUUACUGUCGAGUAAUGCAGGAAAUUUGUCACAACAGCAAGCUAGCAUUCUGGUAACAAUUCACCUUGUAUCUCUAAUAAAAAUCAUACCCUUCAAGGAUGAUGGAAUAAGUGAACAUAUAUCAAGUUAAUAUGCUCACAUAAACACAGGGAAGAGGUUGUAUAGAAAAAAGCAGCUCAUAUUUUAAGCCAUUACAUUUCAUAUGUUCUCCAGUCCUUUCUUACACCUAUUUGAGUGGACCACUCACUUUAUUCUUUGUUGCAGACUGGGAUUAUCAGUUAUAACCCUGAUAGUUGCACAGUUACUUGUGCGAAAGGUUGGACAAAGCGCAAGGUUGAGAACAACUGGGAGCAGAAAAAGAAAAAAGGCCGUGUGGGAGUAGCUAUCAAACUACCUGGAUAUAACUUCAGGCCUUGAAUACUGCUCUUCAGCCAACAAUUGUGCCUAAUACAGAAUACAAUUUUCACUUGGUAGUGGUGAGGCUUCUCCUUCAGACACAUUGGCGUGUGUGAAGGAGAGGUCUAUUGAAAAUAGUUUAUGCAGAAUACUGCUCCUGCAUGCUCUUUUUGGUUGGUAUUUGCUACGUUUGCAACUGUAAAAUGCCUAACAUUAACAAGACGUUAUUCGGAUGGAUGGUGUUUUUAAGCAAAAGUUCUUUGGCA